UUUUUAUCAGCUCCAUCGCGCACGACUCUCUCUAUUCUUCCACGAUAUAUCUUGUCAGGACUGGUUAGUUGUUAUACAUAGAUAUGUCAGCAGGCAAGUAGAAAAUAGCAAUUAGCGAGGGGCGAGAAGCUUUGUAUGCACAAAAUAAAUGAAACAGAGUUUUUUCUUAUUUUUACUUUUGUCAUCAUGUUUCGUCAAGUUGCACUACGUGUGUGUCCAACAUGGCUCGAGAAUAAACUCACGUCUAUGUAUUUCAGGGCAAAGAGCGUUUCUUUCAACGGCAGAUCGCACAGUCUAAGCGCAACGGUGGAUCAUUCCAACAUGAAAGUACAAAUAUUACCAGCGCUUCAAGACAAUUAUAUGUACUUGAUUAUCGAUGAAGCAACGAAGGAGGCUGCCGUCGUAGAUCCUGUCGAUCCAGAAGCCGUAAUUACAGCCGUUCGACAAAAUGAUGUCAAACUGACAAAGGUUUUAACUACUCAUCAUCAUUGGGAUCAUGCCGGAGGAAAUGCUAAACUAUCGAAAAGCUUCACUGAUCUUGCGAUAUAUGGCGGGGAUGAUAGAAUAGAAGCCAUUAAUUGUAAAAUUACGCACAACGAUACGUUCAACAUUGGCAAUCUGUCGGUCAAGUGUCUCGCGACACCUUGCCAUACGCGUGGGCACGUUUGUUACUACAUUACGGGAGAAGGAGGAGAAGGAGAACAUCCACCAUCCGUGUUCACAGGAGAUACGCUCUUCGCUGGAGGCUGUGGGAGGUUUUUCGAGGGUACCGCAAAUCAAAUGUAUAAGGCACUCGUCGAAAUUCUAGGCUCUUUACCUGAAGAGACGAAGGUGUAUUGCGGACACGAAUAUACAGCCAACAACCUCAAAUUCGGCUUACACGUGGAACCCGAAAAUCUGGCAAUUCGACAAAAAUUAGAUUUGGUCCAUACUCAACGUGCUAAUAAUCUUCCAACAGUGCCUAGCACUAUUAAAGACGAAAAGCUGACAAAUCCGUUUAUGAGAGUGCACGAAUCGUCCGUCAUGAAACACGCGCAACAAAAUGAUCCCGUUCAGACAAUGUCGUACCUAAGACGCGAAAAGGACAACUUUAAAGCUUGAUUCUCGACAAAACGUCUUCCUUUUUAUAUUUAUCAAGUAUUUACAUUGUUGAUGUCGAUGAAUUUAAAAUGUAAAACAUACAGAAGGUGGCUAAAUGAAUAUCGAACGUGUCACGCUCGCACGUAUGAUAUAAUAUAACGCAUCCUAUAAUUAUAUCCUUAAAUAAAAAAAAAUAUAUACCCAUA